AGAGAAAGAGAGAGCGCUUUUCCAAAAGCGGUGAUUUAAAAAAUAAACGUUUGAAUGUAACUGUUCAUGUCACAAAGUUAACAACAAAUGCAUAAUUAUUUAUUCGGCUUAUUUACUACUUAUUUUUAUAUUUCCAAACCGGCCGAUUAAAAUCACUGCACGAUAGAAAAAUCGAAGUGCGUUAAAUGUCAAGGACAACGGAAAAGCCACAACAAAAAGGGAAACUACGACGAGGGAGAGAGUAACAACUAGGAAAGUUGUAAAGGAAACUCAGAAAAAAUCGAAAAAAACUGAGGAAAAGCCGUAAACAUGUUGAAUCCGGCGCACGGAAGACCGCCAAAUAACUCGGGCUCCCCCUCCUCCUCGUCCGCCUCCUCGCCAAUUUCGGUGACCGUGCAGCCCGGGAACGCUGGAAACAGCUCCAUGUCCUCCGCCUCCUCGUUGGGCGGUGGGAGUGGCAUCCUCAAGGACAAGGUGGGACUGGCGCCGGUCUACCUGAAUCUCAAUGAGAAUGCAAAGGAUCAGAACCCAUCCUCCUGCUCACCCCUGCAGAACUGGGACGACACCCGCACCGCCGACGUCUGGCUGUCCUCGCUGCACAGCGUCAUCUUCAUCAUCACCUGUGCUUUAGCCGCCUUUAUCCUGUUCCGCAACGUCCUCACCUGGCAUCUGCAGAGCUUUUGGGGCGCCUCCGGAGACUUCUGGCAGUCGCAGUGGGACAAAUUCAUCGACUCGUUCGGUGACGAGCCUAUGGUGCUAUGGGUCUUUGGCACCACUAUUUUCACCAUGAUCGUUUACUGGACCGUGGGCACACUGUACACCUUCAUGGACCUGACCAACCGGCCCGCCUGUCUGCGCAAGUACAAGAUCCAGCCGGGCACCAAUGAACCCGUGGAAGUGCGUCGCCUGCUGAAGGUGAUUUGGUGCGUGGUCUGCAACCAGAUAUUCGUAGGCAUACCUUUGGCCUACGCCAGCUACAGGCUAAUGGAGAUUCGCGGAUUGAGCGACAUCCGUGACCUGCCCACGUUCCACUGGGUCUGUUUCGAGCUGACCGUGUGCAUCCUGAUGGAGGAGCUGGGAUUCUACUACUCGCACCGUCUGCUGCACCACAAGCACAUCUACAAGUACAUCCACAAGCAGCACCACGAGUGGACGGCCCCCAUCUCGGUGACGGCCAUCUAUUGCCAUCCCAUCGAGCACAUCUUUAGCAACCUUCUGCCGCCCUUCCUGGGCGUCUUUCUCAUGGGCAGCCAUGUGGCCACCGCGUGGCUGUGGUUCGCACUGGCGAUCCUUUCCACGCUCAACGCCCAUUCCGGCUACCACCUUCCGUUCUUUCCCAGUCCCGAAGCGCACGACUUUCACCAUCUAAAAUUCAACAACUGUUUCGGUGUGCUGGGAGUCCUGGAUCGCCUCCAUGGCACCGAUUCCCUUUUCCGGGCCACCAAGUCGUAUGCGCGACACAUCAUGAUGUUGAGCUUCAAGCCCCCUCGCGAUGCUUUCCCAGAUCCGACGAUGAAGUGAGCGGACGAAGUUCUCUUGUGCAUAGCAGCAAGCAUUUCUCUAUCUGUGUAUACAAAUUUUAAUUGUGAUAUGGCAAGGCAGAUCCUAUUUUGUACACCUCAUAUGUAGUCGUCGUUGUGCAGACCCCUAGAACCCUGCACUGCGAAAUGCAAAUGUUAAUCGAGUCGAAUAAAGCGUAAAUGUAAAUGUA